AUGGGAAGUUGCUGCAAUGAAAGUAAACACCACUAUGAUAUUAGCAUGUCAAAGAGAACCAGAAGGCCAUCAAAAGUCCAAGAUGCUGACCAGAAUUCCGCUACAGCAAGUGAUACUGAUGCCCCUGUCAAAGGAGAUGAGAGUUGUCCCUCAACAGUACUAGUUGGUGAAGCAGAAGAGAGCGAUCGUAAAAAGAGCUUGAAGCAGCUUAUCAAGAGCAGGAGCUCUCUUGGCCAACACUUCACUGAAGAAGAAAAGCAACUUCAACUGGUCACAAAGCAGCAGCAAGAGGGUGUUCAGGGAUUGAAGCUUAAGAGAAUGGUGAUUCGUUAUGCCAAAGUUUUGAGCCAUCUCAUCAAGGCCAAGGGAGACUCCCGGAAAAAGCCUGUCCUCUUAUUGAAAAUGUAGGAUUGCAUUAAAAAGCUGCUUGCCUUUUCAAGUGGCUCAUCAUCUUUUGAUUAUCGAUUGAUGCAUUGAUAUCAGCCAACCUCUUACCUUUUUCUCAUCUUCCCAUAUUUUACUGCAACUUCUUGAUUAUUUGUAGCAUAUAUAUAUGUUUUUAUACAUAUGAGGUGCUGUUAUCAUUAUA